UCAAUUUGUAAAGUAAAUUAACUGUCACCCUUUGACUUUUGGUCAAAAGUUUUGCAGAGUUCUAAACAGCCUGUCAGCAAAAUUUUAGAGCAGUGCUGAGAACAGCGGAACUAGCCUACCUCCAGAAAUAAUGCCCACUGUGGAUGAUAUUCUAGAGCACAUUGGGGAAUUUCACUUUUUCCAGAAACAAACCUUUUUUGUUUUGUCCCUGAUUUCUGUCACCUUCACCCCCAUCUACGUGGGGAUUGUUUUCCUGGGCUUCACUCCGGAUCACCGCUGCCUGAAUCCCGGAGUUUCAGAGUUAAGCAAACGAUGUGGCUGGAGUUUGGAAGAGGAGCUGAAUUACACAGUGCCGGGCCUGGGGUUACCAGGAGACGCUUUUACCAGCCAGUGCCGGAGAUACGAUGUGGACUGGAACCAAACAGGGCUCAGCUGCACCGACCCUUUGGCCAACUUUACCAGCAACAAGAGCCACAUCCCUCUGACCACCUGUGAGGAUGGCUGGGUAUACGACACUUCAGGAUCUUCCAUUGUCACCGAGUUUAACCUGGUAUGUGCCAAUUCAUGGAAACUGGACCUGUUUCAAUCGAUUGUGAAUGUUGGAUUUUUUAUUGGCUCUGUAUGUAUCGGUUACAUAGCAGACAGGUUUGGUCGUAAGCAGAGCCUUCUAAUUACAAUUUUCAUAACUGCUGUUUCGGGAGUACUCAUGGCCCUUUCUCCAAGCUACACCUGGAUGUUAAUUUUCCGACUUAUCCAAGGACUGGUCAGCAAGGCCGGGUGGUUAAUAGGCUACAUCCUGAUCACUGAAUUUGUCGGCCUGAAGUACCGGAGGACUGUGGGAAUUUGCUACCAAAUGACUUUCACCGUGGGCCUCCUGAUUCUGGCAGGGAUUGCUUAUGCCCUGCCUUCCUGGAGAUGGCUGCAGCUCACGGUUUCCCUGCCCAACUUCUGCUUUUUGUUCUACUAUUGGUGCCUUCCAGAAUCUCCCAGAUGGUUGAUCUCUCAAAAUAAAAAUGCAAAAGCCAUGAAAAUUAUAAAGCACAUUGCAAGAAAAAAUCAGAAAUCUCUACCAACCUCUCUUCAGAGCCUUAAAGCUGAUGAAGAAGCCAAUGAAAAGAUGAACCCUUCCUUUAUUGAUUUGGUCAGAACACCUCAGAUAAGGAAGCAUACUUUGAUCUUGAUGUACAACUGGUUUACAAGUUCUGUGCUUUAUCAGGGCCUCAUCAUGCACAUGGGACUUGCGGGUGGGAAUAUCUAUUUGGAUUUCUUCUAUUCUGCCCUGGUUGAGUUCCCUGCUGCUUUCAUCAUCAUUCUCACCAUUGAUCGUGUUGGCCGCCGCUACCCUUGGGCUGCAUCAAAUAUGGUGGCUGGGGCAGCCUGCCUCAUCUCAGCUUUUCUUCCCAAUGACAUAAUGUGGCUAAAAGUUGCGGUGGCAUGCCUGGGUAGAAUGGGGAUCACAAUGGCCUAUGAAAUGGUUUGCCUCGUCAAUGCUGAAUUGUAUCCCACAUUCAUCAGGAAUCUUGGGGUAAUGAUCUGCUCUUCAAUGUGUGAUAUUGGAGGAAUGGUAACACCAUUCCUUGUCUACAGGUUGACUGAUAUCUGGCAUGAACUCCCCCUCGUGGUUUUUGCUGUGGUUGGCUUAAUUGCCGGGGUGUUGGUAUUGAUGCUACCUGAGACCAAAGGGAUGGUCUUACCCGAGACCAUUGAAGAAGUUGAAAAUAUGCAGAGGCAAAGAAAAAGUAAAGAAAAAAUCAUUUACCUCCAGGUCCAGAAACCAGAAGUUACAUGUAACUAAGAAGAAAGGAAAUUACCCCCAGUUAUGAUCUGCCUUUCAUGAUCGAUCCAAAGCCUAGAAACAAAAUUAUUCACCCAACACAAAACCCAUACAAUCUUACUUCCCUUCAUACCUCCUAAUCUUAGAUCUAUAUCCUGAUAGAACUUGGAAUGCUAUUGGUCCAGAGGACCAAGGGCCUAGGGUGCUACAUCCCUUCAAACUCCUCCAGUUCUCUCUGGAUCUCAGCAUUUCCAGUAUAAUAACUAUCACUUUGUAUGGGAAUUGUUCCAGCUCUGUGUUUCUAUUACUGGCCCCUUUCCCAGUAGUUACUUGUGCCCAAGAAACAAUGAAAGUGAUGGGGUGAAAUGGGAAGAAACACAACAGCUUUUACAAGUAGAGAAUGUGCAUUCCUGAUUGAAGAAAAAUUUCAAGGUCAACGCCUGAUUAUCCACAAUGACUGGGAAAAUAUUUUCAAGUGAGUCCUUCAGUACAAUGUAUGAGGAAAUUUCCAAAUACUGUACUUAUUUUCUGUGGCCUACUUGAAUUCUUGCUAUGUGGUUAAGAGGAGCUCAAAAUAACGGUAUUAAGGAGGAAUCAGUUAUUCUCUUUUGUCUUCAGACUGGAUUAUAAUUGAGCAAUCCUGUACCAAUGCUAACACGUACCAUCUUUAAAGACCUGGAAAGGGGCUGAGACAACUAGUCUGGUGUUUAUUAGGAUGACAACAUUAAAGGUAAACAGAUGGGAAAGAUUUUACAGAGUGGUAAAAACUGCAAAGGCACAUUUUUUUUCCCUAUACUUAUCCACAAGACUAAGAUGAAAAUGCUAUUGAGUUUGUCCAAGGCCAAAACAGUAAUAAUGAUGCUACUUUGGGAUAGAACACACUGUUAGUAAGAGCCAAAGCUAGAAUUCCAAGCCAGGGCCUCUAAAGCCAAUUCUAGUGUCCUUUUCUCUGUACCUCACAAGGUCAAGUUGUUUGUACAAGAAAUGGAUAUCAUAAAAGGCGAGGGGAAGGAAGCUAGGCUGGGAGUCAAGAAGGCAUGAGUUAGAAUCUUGCCUCAGAUACUUAACUAGCUUUGUAAUCCUUAGUAAAUCACUUAAGCACUCA